CUGAGCAACAAACACACGCUCGUCGGAUACGAAUGAGGAAAAAAAUCACACGGGAAACCAACCGGUCGUUGCCUCUCUCUCCUAUGAUCUGUUGUUUCGUCCGCCAAGGCGUUUCUUCUUUUUCCUCUUCCCCCCAUUGAAUUUAACUUGCUGAGGGAGGAUUCCUAAAAGGAGAAAGCGUGCAGCACCUCAGUAAAUCGAGGAAGGACGAGCUUGCGUCCGAGCUUUGUUUCUGUCAAUCGCGAGGCGGAGACUGGACUUGACUACCUACCUACCUUACCACCUUUGCCGACAUCACUUCGUCGCAACCGAAGCUUGGUUUUCCCACUAUUGUAACGACACCCACGCCCCCGCUCCUAUUCAAUCGAAUAUUUCAACCCUCUAGACCUGUCGCCGCACUACUCUCCCUCGAUAAGCACAACUUUAAAGAAAACAACCCACCCGAUAGACCUUGACUUCUGUCUGCGACUCCCCGAUCCCAUCGACCGCCCACCACCGUCGCCGCCAUGCGUUUCGGAAAGACGCUGCGGCAGGUCGUCUACGCGCCAUGGAAGGACAAGUACAUUGACUACGCGAAGCUGAAGUCUCUGCUGCGGGAGGAUAAGUACGAUGACGACGACGUCGCUUGGACCGAGGACGACGAGAACCGUUUCUGCGACGAGAUCUUCAACACAGAGCUCGAAAAGGUUGCCCAGUUCCAGGAGGAGACCUUCGAGGCGCUGAAAGGCCGUGUCGACGCCGCCUUUGACAAUCUUAAGGAACUGGCACCGCCCAGCGAGGAGGACGACGCGGGGAACGCCCAGCCCAAGAAGCCCGACGCCGCGACGGCCCAGAAGCUCAAGGAUAUUGAGGCGGAGCUCGACAAGAUCACGACCGAGAUCUCGGAGCUGAAGAAAUACAGCAAUAUCAACUACACGGGCUUCCUUAAGAUCGUUAAAAAGCAUGACCGCAAGAGAGGCGACAGGUACAAGGUCCGGCCCAUGAUGCAGCUGAGCCUGUCGCAGCGGCCCUUCAACUCGGAGCAGGGGUAUUCGCCUCUGCUCAACAAGCUGUCCAUCAUGUACUACGCCAUUCGCCAGCAGCUGGAUGAGGGCGCUGCCGACCAGCAGCCGCUGGAUUUGGAGAGUCAGGGCGAGACCCGUCACGGCGAGCGGUACACGGCCCACAAGUUCUGGGUCCACCCGGACAACCUGUUGGAGGUGAAGACGUACAUUAUGAGACGCCUCCCGGCCCUUAUCUAUAGCGAACAGUCGGCCAAGGAGCUGGACGGAAGCAACGACCCAACCAUCACCUCGCUCUACUUCGACAGCCCUAAAUUCGACCUGUACGGGAAGAAGGUGGAGCGCAAGUCAGAGGCCUCUUCGCUGCGCGUGCGGUGGUACGGCCAGCUGAGCUCUAAGCCCGAGCUGUCCCUCGAACAAAAGAUUGUCGGCGAGCACGGCUCGAGCGAGGAGCGCAAGUUCACCAUCAAGGACAAAUACGUCAAGCCCUUCAUCGAUGGCACCUACAAGAUGGAGAAGGCGGUGCAGAAGAUGGAGCGCCAAGGCCAGCAGGUCGAGGAGAUUGAGAACUUCAAGAACACGGUCAAGUCUAUCCAGGACUUCGUUCAUGAGAACAAGUUGCAGCCUGUUCUGCGCGCCAACUACGUUCGCACGGCUUUCCAGAAGCCCGCGGACGAUCGCGUGCGUAUUUCCAUCGACACCGAGGUCGCCUUCAUCCGCGAGGACACGUUGGACAGGGAUAGGCCGUGCCGCGACCCGGCCGAGUGGCACCGUCUCGACAUUGACAGCCGAAACCUGUCUUACCCCUUCAAGGACAUCAAUCAGAGCGAGGUCUCCCGCUUUCCCUACGCCAUUCUCGAAAUCAAGCUGAAGGAGGACCCUAACCGCAAGCGCCCCGCGUGGGUUUCGGACCUAAUGGGAUCUCAUCUGGUGCAUCCGGCUCCUCGCUUCUCCAAGUUCGUCCACGGUGUCGCCUCGCUCUUUGAGGACUACGUCAACAGCCUGCCCUUCUGGCUGAGCGACCUGGAGGCGGACAUCCGCAAGGACCCACAAAAGGCGUUCGAGGCAGAGGAGCAGCGCAAGGCCCAGAGGGCCGAGGACGAGCAGGCUGUGGGCAGCUUCUUGGGCAAUAAGGCUAGCUCGUACAAGGUUUCCAAGAGCUCGCCUGCCGGCAAGUCGUACCUCGCAGACAGGAUGGCCGCCGAGUCCAGCUCCCGGUCGAGACCCGCCAACGAAGCCCGGCAGCCGUCGACCCAGCAGACCGACGAUGGCCCGUCCGGUCAGCUGCAGAGGAGCUACGGCACGCUUUCGUCCGUUCUCCCCGGUUUCUCCCUGUCCAAGUACUCCAAGGCCAGGCGGGCGCAGAGGAACCAGCAGCAGCUGCCCGAGGGCGUUGUCGAGCCGACGGAGUGGAUCAAGAACUCGGGCGAGCUCAAGAUCGAGCCAAAGGUAUGGCUGGCCAACGAGCGCACGUUCCUCAAGUGGCAGCACAUCUGCAUCCUGCUGGGUGCGCUCGCCGUCUCGCUGUACACGGCUGCUGGAGAGAACUUCUUGGCCGAGGUCAUGGGUAUCGUGUACAUUGUCAUCGCUGUGUUUGCGGGCGUGUGGGGCUAUGGCAUGAUGCGCCUGCGGAGGAAGAUGAUUAUGAGCCGCAGUGGCAAGGAUUUCGACAAUCUCAUCGGUCCGCUGAUUAUCAGCAUCGCAUUGAUGGUUGCGCUGGUAUUGAACUUUGCGUUUGCUUACCGCGCUGCUGUCGAGAAGAUGGUGGCCAAGCAGAUGCCUAGUGGUGGCAACGUCACCGGUGAGCCGAUCCGUCAGGAACUCAUCUAACACCCGGCAUGAUCGAUUGUGGGAAGCUGAAGCGACCGUUAGUAAGAUGUCUCUCUUUGCGCAGCUGUACUGUUGUACUUGGCCUUGCUCUGGUGUAUCGCAGUCGGUCCGGUGCUUUUGCUCUUUUGGUAUUUAUUGUAAUACCUCGUCAUAGUAAAGAACCUUUUCCGU